AUGCAUGUGCAUGAACUGUUCAUUUUUCCGAUAAAAUCGUGUGCUGGUAUUAAAGUACAAGAAGCACUCGUUACAAAAUAUGGUCUAGCCUUACCAUCAAAUCCGCAAAUAUAUGAUAGGCGAUGGAUGAUUGUCAAAGAGGGCAGACAUCAAACCCAACGUGUUUUGCCAAGCAUGGCACUGAUACAACCCGUGCUUGCUAAAGAUGGUCUUACACUUCGAGCUCCAAAUAUGCCCGAUUUAUUUAUUUCAACAAAUGCAUUUCCGAAAGAAGUAAUGGAGUGCCAAUGUUGGAACGAUAAAAUUCUUGGUUUACGUUACGAUGAUAGCGUUUCCCAAUGGCUUCGAACUUACUUUGGAACUGACGAUGAAUUCGAUUUGGUUGCAUUCGACGACGAAAAGUUCCAGGGUCGUCAAACGAAAAACGGUGAUGUACCCAAUGUUGCACGAGAUGGAGAUAUGGCUGUUUAUCACGAUAUGAGUGCAUUACAUUUGUGUUCAUUGGAGUCUGCUGCAGAUUUAAAUACACGAUUGGAAAAGAAGAUUGAAGUAUAUAAUUUCCGACCAAACAUCAUCGUCACCGAUGUAUCAAAGCCAUUCGAAGAAGAUCUUUGGCGAGAAAUUGAAAUCAAUGGUGUCAAACUAACUUGGCUUGCUCCGUGUACUAGAUGCUUAUUGCCAACAGUCGAUCAGAAAACGGGUAUCAAAGAUGCUACGUUAGAAUCAUGGAAAGUACUACGAAGUUACCGUCGUAAACCUGAACCGUACGGUGUUAGUGCUCUGUUUGGUAUCUAUUUGGCACCAACUGAUGAACGUAGUCGUGUCUGUGGCACAAUUCGUGUCAAUGAUUCUAUUCAAGUGACAAAAGACGAUCCAGACUUUUGGAAUACAAAAUAG